AUGUAUCGUACAAUUGCUGUCGUGUUUAUCUUUGGACUGAGUAGUGUGCAAAGUCAACUGAUCCCAAAUGACCUGCUAGACAAAAUUCCGGGUGCCGUAGACGUUAAGUCCUUGAACGAGACCGCGCUGGGACAGGUUGAAAAUGCAAAGAACCAGUUUAAGAGCAAGUGUGAGAAGAACGGUGGACCGGAUGCUUUUGACAAAGUGAUAAAGGCCAACGAGCAGGUCCAGAAUUGUGUAAAAGGUUUGGUAAACAUGACUGAGCUGCAAGAUGAGAUCGAGAAGGCCAAGCCGACUGGAGACCUUGAUAUUGUAUUCAAAAAAUACUGCAUGAAAAAAACGACACUGAAGAAGUGCGUUACUGAUUUCACUUCGACCGUGGAAGCUUGCCUUGAGCCGCAGGAACGGGAUACUGUUAAAAUAGGUUUGAAUGUCACUGAUUCACUUUUGAACUUCAUCUGCCAUAAGGAAGUGUUUAUCGCUGCCGGAGGCCCGGAAUGUUUCGCUUCACAACAAGCUGGUCUUCAGCAAUGUCUCAACUCAACUUACGGAGGAUAUUUACCAACAGGUGACUCAGAAAAAUCUGCACCUUCUCUUGAAUCUCUUCCGAAAUUAGCCUUCGGAAUUAACGAGUGCAGAGGAUGCGUCGUAACUGAACUGGAAAAGUGUACUGACCCGACACCAGGAAACAUCGCCGAUGCUUUGUUUACCUUCGUAAAGCGUGUAACACCUUGUGAAAAUCUUCUCGCUGCUCGAAGUGCUCCUCUCGUUGAAGAUCCUAAUUUGCGGCCAAGGAACAGCGCUCCGAUUAGCGCCAACAAUGUUUACUCAUUUUUGUUUGUCUCUGCAGCUCUCGCUCUGAUGGAUGAGUCAGAUGGAACUCCGUUUGUUUACGAGCACCGGAUGAAACACCUAGACAAGCCGAGUGAAGACACUGUGUUAUUAACCGGAGAGUCUAAAGGGGGAUUGUCUCAUCCACGUGCUUUGUUAUUUUUAGGAUUGUGGUACAUAUUUAGUGGGUGUACGCUCUUUCUCAAUAAAUAUAUUUUGUCUUACAUGGAGGGAGAUCCGACUAUUUUAGGAGCCUUUCAGAUGAUAACAACAGCAGUGUGCGGAUUUAUCCAGAUGUACUUUCCCUGCGGAAUGUACAAAACAAGCCCACGACUUGUUAAGCCUCCUGGAUUUUACAGACACAUGAUUUUAGUCGGCUGUACCCGAUUCACGACCGUCGUCCUUGGUUUGAUAGCGCUCAAUUAUGUUGCUGUUAGCUUUACUGAAACUAUAAAGAGCUCAGCUCCUUUGUUUACUGUUUUAAUUAGUAGAUAUUUAUUAGGUGAACGCACAGGUCUUUAUGUUAAUUUAUCAUUGAUACCGGUGAUGGGUGGCCUAGCACUUUGCUCAGUGAAUGAAUUGAGCUUUGAUUUUAAGGGAUUUAUCGCAGCAAUGGCUACUAAUCUCACUGAAUGCUUGCAAAACCCUAUGUACUGA